ACGAACGACAAAUCUAAGCGCAGCCGGCGUCGGACGAAGGACGGAUUACCAACGUUCCAGAGAUCGGGUUCUGCAACGGAAGUUGCAGGCGACGGACGAACGCUGCGCAGGAACAAACAGGCAAGAAAAAUACGACGAUUUGAUCUGGGAUACGAAUCCGAAAAACAUGGAUAACACACCGGUAGGACAUGAAUUGUCUAAUGAGCUGCUGCAUGGACAGACAAUCGGUACACCUCCCCAAGCAAUAUCUCCUGCAGCCAUGAUUACACCUGAUCCUGAUCAAUUGUAUUAUCAUGACCCCUCGCUUGCAAUUGCAAUAGUGCCAAACGAAGAGCAACGUUUCGAGAGCCGUGAAGAAGCUUAUGAGUUCUACUGCUACUACGCUAGACAGGCCGGGUUUGAUGUUCGCAUAACAAAAACUAAGAAAAUGGUUGGUGAGUUUUCGUGCAACAGGCAAGGUAAAUGCAAUUUCUACAAACCAGGUGAGGAAAGGAAAAAAGAGAAAACCUCAAAGAGGAUAGGAUGCAAGGCGUUUGUAAAGGCCUUUAGAGAGAUGAAGUCUCAAAAUCCUUAUUUUUACUAUGAGGUUCAAUUGGAUGAAGAUCGUGUGAUAAAGAAUAUCUUUUGGAGUCAUGCAAGCCAACGUGCAGAAUACAUGGAUUUUGGAGACGUGGUAACUUUUGACACCACGUAUCGGACUAAUAUCUACUGCAUGCCGCUUGCAAUGUUUGUUGGCUCGAAUCACCAACUACAAAAUGUUAUUUUCGGACAAGCACUAUUGCAGAACGAGAAAACUGACACCUUCGAGUGGUUGUUCAAGGCGUUCAAGGAUUGCAUGUCAGCUGGUCCAGAGCUAAAAUGCAUCCUUACCGAUCAGGAUAGCUCUAUGGCAGCAGCUAUACCAAAGGUUUUUCCGAAGACUGUGCACCGGCUAUGCCGUUGGCACAUGCUAAAAAAAUACAAGGAGGAGUUACGGAAAUUGUACAAGGCCCAUUCUGAAUUGAAAGAUAAGCUUCAUACUGUGAUUAACCAUCCACUAACACCUUCAGAGUUUGAGGCUGCCUGGAUUGAGGUGAUUGAUGAGCAUGGCAUACGUGAGAAUGUAGCGAUUGAGGGACUAUGGAAUCAGAGGACGUUGUGGGUGCCAGCUUAUUUCACAAAUCACUAUUGUGGACGGAUGACAUCGACACAGAGAAGCGAAAGUGUCAAUAACAUGGUGAAAAGCAGUGGAUUUGCGAGCCAUAUGACGAGUGUAAAUAAAUUUGCACUGGUUUUUUAUUGCUCAUUAGCGAACUUUGUCUAG